UCGCAAUUACCGAACUCCUGAGGGACUGCCAUUUUCAAAUUAAAACAAACAAAUCAAACCAGAAAAGAGAAACCAGAAUCGAAGUGAAAUCUAGACGAUGAUGGACAGAGAAAAGGAAAGAGAAUUAGAGCUAGAAAGUGCAAUGUAUACAAACUGUUUGCUAUUAGGUCUGGAUCCGACCGUUAUCGGACUGGGACCUAACGGAACUACCACUGCUGCUCGGGUCGGACUUUUCCGUCACUCUAACCCUAAAUUAGGCGAACAGCUUCUUUACUUUAUCCUCUCCUCUCUGCGCGGUCCUGCUCAAUCCGCUAAAGAUUUUGAUAAGGUUUGGCCGAUUUUUGAUUCUGCACAGUCUCGUGACUUUCGUAAGGUUGUUCAAGGGAUUAUUAGCGAGCUUGAAUCUCAAGGAGCGCUUCCGAGAAGUAAUUCGAGAGUUUCUUCACUUGCUACUUGUUGUGGACCGAGAUUUGUUGAACUUUUGUGGCAACUUUCCUUGCAUGCUUUGCGAGAGGUUCAUAGACGCACGUUUGCUGCUGAUGUGGCUUCUAACCCGUUGCCUGCUUCACUAACAGAUGUAGCCUUUCAGCAUGCAGCUACACUGUUACCUGUAACAAAAGCUAGAAUAGCUCUUGAAAGAAGGAGGUUUCUUAAAAAUGCAGAAAUGGCUGUUCAGAGACAGGCAAUGUGGUCCAAUCUGGCUCAUGAAAUGACUGCAGAAUUCCGUGGUCUUUGUGCUGAAGAGGCUUAUUUGCAGCAAGAGCUGGAAAAAUUACAUGAUUUGAGGAACAAAGUAAAGUUGGAAGGAGAAUUGUGGGAUGAUCUUGUAUCAAGCUCUAGCCAGAAUUCCCUUUUAGUUUCAAAGGCUAAUCGUUUGUGGGAAUCUAUUCUAGCUCGUAAAAGUCAGCAUGAAGUUCUUGCUUCGGGACCUAUUGAGGAUCUAAUAGCUCAUCGAGAACAUAGAUACCGCAUUUCUGGAUCUGCUUUACUUGCGGCUAUGGAUCAGAGUGCUCAGGUUCCUUAUUCUGAUACAGAUUUGGAUGACAAAGAGCCAAGUGAUGGAUUAUAUAAGAGUGUAAAUAAAUCAAAGCUAAAGAGCAAUGUAGAUUCAUCCCAUUUGCAAGUAAAUGACGAGACACAUUCUAGGGUGGAUGAUAGAAGUGGGAGAGUCCACCCAACUGUUGAUGUUGCAGAAAUUAUUCGACGGUGGACGCAUGCACUGCAACGUAUUCAUAAACAAUCACUUCAUCUGGCCAAAGCAAAUGAUGGGGAAGGUCCAGAUCUAUUACGAAGUUCACAAGAUGAAGGUUCAAGUGGCCAUGCCGAGUCUUUAGCUGCGACUCUUACAGAGCAUCAGCAACAUCUUGCUAGUUUUCAGGUGCUUAUUAACCAACUGAAGGAAGUUUUUCCGACGAUACAGAAGUCCAUAGCAGAGUGCACACAGAAAGUAAACAAUAUAUCCUCCAACCUUCCAUCAAUGCCCAAUCAUCGUGGUCGGGCUUCCUCACCCAUACAGGCUCAGAGCAGCGGAAGGACGUCGGAAAGUAGCUCUGAUGAUGUUGCUGAAGUGAUUUCAAAAAUGUCAUCUGUUCAGAUUGACAAGGUGUCUGACAGCCCACCUGCUUUAAAACUACCACAAUUAUUCAGUUUGACCCCCAAUUCUUCAGGAAAAGGCGGAAACAUGCAAAAGAGACAAAUUGCAUCUUCCCUAGCCAGCCAGAUGGAAAAUAUAUCUGAGAGAAACUCUCUGGACCAGUCUUUGUCAAGCAGUCGCUUAGAACAUACCCCACAAGAUAGUGAUAGUUCUUAUGUUCAAAACCUUAAAAGAUCUGUAAGAGAGGCUGCUCUGUCUACACCUAUCUUGAAUUCGGAAUCAUCUCUAGACAGUCAGACUGGUGAAACUUCCGAACACUUCUUCUUAACUCUACCAACAACUGGAUUUUCUCGACUGGGUGUAGAAAAGAAAGUGCCUUCAAGGAUGAGUAAAAGAUUGUUUACAUUGCCAAAGGACACUGUCUUGCUUGGGAAUCAUGCUCCUGAUGGUCAAGUUGGGAGCAAGUAUGAUGAUAUGCCAGACAUAUUAAAUAAUUUGGAUUCUCUUAAUGAAUAUGACCAUGUAAAUAGUUUUCUCUCAGCAGCUGUCCCAAAUGGCUCCAUGUCCGAUGGGCAGAUGUCUUUUUUUGAUGUCGAGGAACCUCAUGAUCAGGUUUUCUCACCCCCUUUGCUAAUGGAUACUUCACUCAUAGCAGAUUCGUACGAGGAUUUACUUGCUCCAUUGUCUGAAACUGAAGCUGCUUUAAUGGAACACUGAACAAGUUUUGGUACUGUUACUCGCAUUAUUUGUUAGGAGACAAUUUGCCACUGGUGAUGGUUUUAUUUUCCUUUCUUGAUUGAAAGUUCUCCACACUCGCUAAUUUUUUUGUGGGAGGGUGCUCGGGUGUGUUCUUUCUUCCUCUGCUGUACUUUCUGACAUCCUCAGCAAUAGUUGAUAUCCUAAUAUUUGUGGGAAACUUUGGGCCAAUCAACUGCUGUUUUACAUACUGGAUAACACCUGAAACCCGAGAUACCCAUAUCAUUUGGAAACUUCUGGAUUCUGGAGGCCAUAAUCCGUACUACCUUCAUCAUUAUGGUGGUUCUCCCAGAUGGAUUUGUUUAGGCGGGGUAGAUAAUUCUAUGCUAUUCUUUUGAAGAUCAAAUGACGAAGACCCUUUUCAUCUCGUUCUUUAUCUGAUGGAUUUUUGGCCCCAGGUAACCGCCGAGAUCGAUUGUAGAUGAAUUCAUCCUUUGUGUUUGAUAGAUGUGUAUAACGAGGGAUUUGAUUGUGUAUUUAGGUAAUUGAUUAGAAACAAGAAAUUAGUAUGUGUUUUCUUUUUUCUAAUUUUUGAUUUAUACUUGCUAUAUAGGAAGAACUUUUUAUUUCAAUGACUCAGACCAUUCUGCAGUGCUGCAGGCCACUGAAUUUGAGAACUUGUGGCUUGAUGUGAUUAUUUUUAGACUUUUUUUUGGUUCAUCUGAUGAGAACAAUUUUUCGAUAUGCCGUCUAGUAUUAGGACCGACUGACCUGAGUUUAUGUAUUCUACUUUGGACUGUAAGUUUCCGUUUAUUAAGUUUUCAUAGUCUUUCUGUUGCCUGCUUA